AUGAUGGUGGAGGAUCUCGGGGUGGAGGCGAAGGAGGCGUCGGUGAGAGAGGUGGCAAAGCUUCUUCCGCUGCCGGAGCUCUUGCAGUCCAUUGCUUCCAUCAAAGCCGAUUACAUUGCUCGCCAACAGGCUAAUGAUGCACAACUCAGUACGAUGGUUGCUGAACAGGUUGAACAGGCUCAAGCAGGUCUAGAAUCGCUUGCUUUAUCUCAGAAGACAAUAAACCAUCUCCGAGAAAAUUUCGUGGAAAUCGAAAAGUUGUGUCAAGAAUGUCAGACGUUGAUCGAAAAUCACGAUCAAAUAAAGCUCCUUAGUAAUGCAAGAAAUAAUCUAAACACAACUUUGAAGGAUGUGGAGGGUAUGAUGUCGAUAUCCGUUGAGGCUUCUGAAGCACGGGAUUCUUUGAGUGAUGACAAGGAACUUACUAACACCUAUGAGAGGUUAACUGCACUGGAUGGAAAACGGAGGUUUGCAUUAGCAGCUGCUGCAUCUCACAAAGAGGAGGUUGGCAGACUAAGGGAGUAUUUUGAAGACAUAGAUCACACAUGGGAGACAUUCGAGAAGACGUUAUGGGGUCAUAUUUUCAACUUCUUUAAACUUGCUAAAGAGAGCCCACAGACCCUCGUUCGUGCAUUGAGGGUUGUUGAGAUGCAAGAAAUCCUGGAUCAACAACUUGCCGAAGAAGCAGCUGAGGCUGAAGGAGGUGGUGCAAUGGCAUCAAUAGCAAAUCCUCGUAGAAGUGCCAAAAAAUCUACCACUGCAAGUGCUUCUUCUAGAAACCUUGUCCAACAGAAGUUGAAGGUUCAAGGAAAAGGCUACAAGGAUAAAUGUUAUGAGCAAAUAAGGAAGUCUGUUGAAACGCGUUUCAACAGAUUGCUCAGUGAGCUUGUGUUUGAAGACCUUAAAGGAGCUCUGGAGGAAGCUCGAAUGAUUGGUGAGGAGCUUGGAGACAUAUAUGACUAUGUAGCACCUUGCUUUCCUCCAAGGUACGAAAUAUUCCAGCUCAUGGUGAAUCUUUACACUGAGAGAUUUAUUCAUUGGCUGAGAUUGCUUAGUGAUAAAGCUAAUGAGCUUACAAAUAUAGAAAUUUUGAAGGUAACUGGUUGGGUAGUUGAGUACCAAGAUAAUCUUAUUGGACUUGGCGUUGACGAGUCACUGGCUCAAGUUUGUUCCGAGAGCGGUGCAAUGGAUCCCCUAAUGAAUGCUUAUGUUGAACGAAUGCAAGCCACAACAAGGAAAUGGUAUUUGAAUAUACUUGAUGCUGAUAAGGUACAGCCACCCAAAAAAACAGAUGAUGGAAAACUAUACACCCCAGCUGCUGUUGACUUGUUUCGGAUCCUUGGAGAGCAAGUACAAAUUGUUCGAGAUAAUAGCACUGAUGUCAUGUUAUACAGAAUUGCUUUGGCCAUCAUUCAGGUAAUGAUUGAUUUUCAGGCAGCUGAAAGGCAGAGACUGGAGGAACCUGCUUCAGAAAUUGGUCUAGAAGCUCUAUGUGCAAUGAUUAACAACAAUCUUCGAUGCUAUGAUCUCGCCAUGGAGCUAAGUUCUAGCACACUUGAAUCUCUUCCACAGAAUUAUGCUGAGCAGGUGAAUUUUGAGGAUACCUGCAAAGGCUUUCUGGAGGUUGCCAAGGAAGCUGUUCAUCAAACUGUUAGUGUCAUUUUUGAAGAUCCAGGAGUUCAAGAAUUACUUGUAAAGCUAUAUCAUAAAGAUUGGUUAGAAGGGCAAGUCACUGAGUACCUUGUUGCAACAUUUGGUGACUAUUUUUCAGAUGUCAAGAUGUACAUUGAAGAAAGAUCAUUCAGACGAUUUGUUGAGGCCUGCUUGGAAGAAACUGUUGUUGUCUAUGUGGAUCAUCUACUUGUCCAGAAAAAUUAUAUCAAGGAAGAUACGAUUGAAAGGAUGAAGCUAGAUGAAGAGGUUCUCAUGGAUUUCUUCCGGGAAUAUAUAAGUGUUCCUAAAGUUGAAAACAGAGUUAGGGUACUCUGUGACUUGAGAGAACUUGCUUCAUCGGAGAGUCCAGAUUCUUUCACACUUGUGUACACAAAUAUUCUCGAACAUCAACCGGACUGUCCUCCAGAAGUGGUUGAAAAACUUGUCAGCUUACGAGAAGGCAUACCAAGGAAAGAUGCUAAAGAGGUUGUUCAGGAGUGCAAAGAAAUAUAUGAGAACUCUCUUGUCGAUGGGAAUCCUCCCAAGGCGGGUUUUGUUUUUCCAAAGGUGAAAAGCCUAUCGGCUUCCAAAACCCCCUUGUGGCGAAAGCUUACCUAG